UUUACCAUUACUAAGUUAGUGUAAUGUUUGGAAAUAACAAACCUCAAAUAAUUAUUCAGAUUUCCCAAAAUGUAUAUAGUCUGUUUAAAUUGUAAAGGUUGAUUUAUUCCGGUAAAUUGUUGUGAAACACUUAGUCAAUAGAGACCAGCUUUGUCAACUCUGUGCCUAAUACUCCAGAACUGUUUAACAGUGACUGUGGAGCAUUAAGACCGCCUGAGGACUGCCAGAGACACAUUACUCCUCAUUUUCACCAGUCCUACAAGAUGUCAGGCAGGAUAAUGCUGCUCUACAUAGCUCUGGUCAUAGGAAUUACUGGUGGGGUCACUGCAUCUGCUGGUGAUAAAUUACGUUGGUGCACUACUAGUGAGAAAGAACAGGCUAAGUGCAAUGAGUGGACAUCAGUCAGCUGCGUCCAGGCUGACUCAAUGGAAGACUGCAUUCAGAAAGUCGCGUUGGCUGAAGCUGAUGCUGUUGUUCUGCACAGUGCAAGAAUGCUUGUUGCAGAAAAGUGUGGUCUGGUCCCAGUCAUGACUGAAUAUUAUAACAAAGAGAAUCUUGAACCUUGCAGGAGCUCAGCACCAUACACAGAGCCAUUUAUGUAUAUAGUGGCUGUUGUGAAAGAUCAAACUUUGACCUGGGACACCCUGAAAGGCAAGAAAUCAUGCAUCACAGCUCUGAACCGAACUGGUUGGAUUAUUCCAAUGGGGUGGUUGAUUGCCCAGGACAAAAUCAAAAACUGCAGCCUUUACAACUCCACAUAUUUCAGUGAAAGCUGUACGCCUGGGGCAGAUCCCGAAAGCAACCUAUGCUCCCUUUGUGCUGGCCAAGAGCACUCCUCGCCACCUGGAAUGGACAAGUGUGCCUUUAACUUCAGUGAGCGAUACUUUGGCUACCCUGGAGCUUUUAGAUGCCUGGUCGAGAAGGGCGAUGUUACUUUCCUCGUUCAUACAACUGUCUUUGAGAAUACUGAUGGUAAUUCACAAGAGAAGUGGGCUACAGGUCUCAGGUCCAGUGAUUUUAAGCUGCUGUGCUUAAAUGGCACUCAGGCUCCAGUAACAGAUUAUAAGACGUGCCACUUGGCCCAAGUACCAGCUCAAACAGUUGCAUCCCGUGCUGAGUCAAGGAGUCAAGUCCUGCAGUUUUUGAAGGAGCAGCAACUCAAACACGGCCAUGGUGGGUCUGAGGAGGACCAGUUUGCAAUGUUCAGUUCGACCAAGUUUCAUGGAAAGGGUCUUCUGUUUUUGGAUAUGACUCAGUGUUUGAUUGAAGUGCCCACCGCAAGUUUCUCUCAAUUACUGCGUGAGUGGUAUGUCACAGCAACAGAAGGACUCUACAGCUGUGAGCCUCCUGUUUCCCCUGAAAUCUAUCGCCUUGGCCGUUGCCAACAUUGAGUUGGCUGUGGUCUCCCCAGUGAUCACUCAGCAAUUCACUGUGUCUUUGUUCUGCUCUCCGUCCGGGUCAAUAUCACCCUGAGCACAGCAAUAUCCUCUCAGUGCCUCUGCCUCACUGCUUGUAUGUACUGCACUUAUGAUCAAUAAACGUGGAACUGAAUCUGA